AUGAUGGUGAUAAAUUCUGUUCAAAAGAAUGCUAUACUCAUCUAUUGCUCAGAGUGCUAUGAUAAAGAAGCCGCCAAGGAAAUAGAGACAAACAAACGCUAUUGCUUUAAAUGCCAAAGAGAAUUAACUGGCAAGGAAAAAACCUUAGCUCUCUGUGAUUUUUGUUGGGAGAAAGAUUUAGAAAGAAUGAAUAAAGAAAGCCAGCAGACUAUUAAAAACAAUCCGCAAAAUAAUCCGCAAUGGCAAGCUGACUUAGUAGCUAGGAAGAAAAGGUUGGCAAAGUUAGAAAGACAAACGCAAAGUAAUCCCAGUAGACUGGAUUCUAAUCACAACUCAAACCAAAUAAACACAAAGCCAAAUAACUCGCACUUAGGGCUUUAUUUAUUAGGAGACACUACUCUCCUUGGCUCACACCCUCUAGGUUCAUUUGCCACUCCGCCCUUAACUAUCCAAAAAAUAGAUGGUGGUAUUUUUAAUACUAUGUAUUUUAAUCGCUUUGCUGAGAAUGCUGACAAUAAACACGAACCAGAUGCAGAAGCUUUUUUUUAUUUUGCGAGCAAAUUAAACCAGCCUAUUCAAAUUCCUAUUCGUUGCACUUUCCUCGAUGAACAAAAUCUCAUUUACUGGGUAUUAAGCGAUGAAGUGAUUGAGGAAAUAAGAACAGAAAAAGCUAAAUGA